GUUCAAAUAGUUCAAAAAAGAUAAUUGAACUAGGUGGAAGGCAUAAAAUUCCCGCCACGUGUGGAUUAUCUGCACAUUUUUCGCCCCGAGAAUCUCAAAACAGUAUUGAAAUUGAUAAAAUUCUCACUGUAAGAUGCAGAAAAGAGCUGGGAGCGUGAAACGAAUCAAACAAUACGGUGCAUAUUGUGAGGGGGGCUAGUAUAUCUGAAAGAGAUCUUAUGUCUCUUUUAAAUGUAUACAAGUAUUGGGACAUUGAAAUAUUACUGUUAUCAUCAUGCCCAUCAGAGAAAAUUAUUGGAUUCUUUGGAUGAUUGUUGUUUCCAUACCCAUCAUCUGUAAUUGUUACCUUCAUCGAGUAAUUGUUCGUUGACAUCAUAUCUAUCAUCUGAAAUCAUCGGGUUCAUGCAGCAGUCAUUGUUAUCAGCCCACCCAUUAUUUGGAAGUUCUUUUAUCAACAUAGCCACCUGAAUUGGAUUGUGAGGUUCACUGAAGAAUUGCUGUUGUUUAUCAUACCCAUCUUUUGGAGUUGCUGUGAUUAGUUUAAUCAUGACUAGAAGUCAUCUUCGUCUGGGGAGAAAAGUGAGCAGUGGAGUUCCUCUCAGAACUCUAGCAAGGGUUGCAUCAGUGGCAGCAGGGAUGCAGUUUGGAUGGGCUUUGCAGCUCUCAUUGUUGACGCCUUAUGUGCAGGUUUUAGGUAUUCCUCAUACAUGGGCUAGUUAUAUAUGGCUAUGUGGGCCUAUUUCUGGCAUGUUUGUGCAGCCAAUAGUGGGAUAUUAUAGUGAUAGAUGUGAGUGCUCCUGGGGUAGAAGGAGGCCAUUUAUAGUUAUGGGAGCAGGCAUUGUUAUAGUGGCAGUUUUGCUGAUUGGAUUUUCAGCAGAUUUGGGGUAUAUGCUUGGGGAUUCAAUCUCAUCCAGACCAAGAGCUAUUACUAUAUUUGUUUUUGGUUUUUGGCUCCUUGACCUUGCCAACAAUAUGCUUCAAGGGCCUUGCAGGGCACUCCUUGCAGAUUUAUCAGGAAAAAACCAGAGACGGACAAGGAGCGCCAAUGCUUUUUUCUCACUGUUUAUGGCAGUAGGGAAUGUGUUAGGAUUUGCAAGUGGUUCUUACAGUCAAUGGUAUAAAGUUCUUCCGUUCACAAGAACAGAGGCCUGUGGUGUCAGCUGUGCUAAUCUAAAGUCUGCAUUUUUUAUGGCAAUAAUCCUCUUAAUAGCUGCUACCAUUCUGAGUGUAACUGCCACUCCUGAAAAAAGAUGGUCAAAAGCUCAAGCAGAAGCAAAAGCAAGGGCAAAGGCAGCUGGAGGAAAAGUUCGCGAACCAGUUGAUGAAAAUGACGAAGAUGAUGAUGAAGAGGCUGAUGAAGAAACCCAGGAGACAUUCAUAUGGGAGCUAUUUAGUGCUUUCAGAGAUCUCCCUUCUCCCAUGUUGUAUUUACUUAUUGUAACUGCAUUGACGUGGCUUGCAUGGUUCCCCUUCCUACUCUUUGACACAGAUUGGAUGGGUCGAGAAGUUUAUAAGGGAAAGCCUUUUGGUCCUGAACCUUUACCAAGUUUAUAUGAUGAAGGUGUUAGAGUAGGAUCAUUUGGCCUGAUGUUAAAUUCUAUAAUUCUCGGAGCAACUUCUUUGAUGAUAGAAUCUAUGGCUCGCAGGAUAGGCCCUAAAUUGUUGUGGGCAAUAGCAAACUUCAUCCUGUGCCUUUUGCUUGCAUGUACUGUUAUAAUCACCAAGCUUGCUGAAAAUCACGAACCUGCAUCUCCUCAUAGUUCUGUUAAAAUUGCAGCUUUGGUUGUUUUUGCAGCACUUGGAGCCCCUCUUGCGGUAACAUAUAGCAUUCCUUUUGCAUUGACAGCAACCUUCACUUCCGCUUCUGGAGCAGGUCAAGGACUGUCUAUGGGAGUUCUCAAUCUUUCAAUUGUCAUUCCACAGAUGGUUGUGUCUAUAGGAAGUGGACCGUGGGAUGCACUAUUUGGAGGUGGAAAUCUCCCUGCAUUUGUACUGGCGUCAGUUUCUGCAUUGGCUGGUGGAACAGUAGCUCUUUUUCUCCUACCCUCACCACCUCCUGAGUUUCAUCCUUCUCGCUUGCUGCGAACUAGUAGUUCUCCCAUUCCUUGAUGAUCCCUGAUAUCAUCAUUUUACUUCAAAUGUUAUUUUUUUGAAUUGACUGCACCUAGUACUUAUAUAAUUUUUUUUCCUAAUGACCCAUCUCACCAGCUUGUGAGAAUUCAUAAUGUUGUACAAGGAAACCUACAAAAUCAUUUGGUUUGUUAAGAUAUAUAUCUACCCAAGAUGGAUGAAAUUUUAUAUUUUUACCAACCGUCUGAGAUUUGGAUGAUGUUGAUUCUGGAAAAUAUUGAUAAUAAAUGCAAAAUUUAUAAGUUGGUACGA